AUGUCGGGUCCCCAUGAGGCUGUUGGUGCAUUGGGAUCUUCCAUCCCGCCGGCGGGCCGCGGAAAAAAUCUCGUCUUCGGUGCUGCACCUGCUCACCACGUUCGUGACACUGCUCCAAGCGUCGAAACUCUUGGGAAAGCGGUGGACGACUCUGCGAUUGAACGACACCUCGACAGCAAUGUCGCUCCAGCAGUGACGAACCCUUCAGGCUCUGCACCAUUACAUGUUUUGGAAGCACGGAUUGUCCCGGAGCCAAAACCGGUGAACACCGCCCACGAUGACAGAGCGCAGCAGACCUGCGUAUCGGGGUUCAAGGGUUUGUUCCGGAAUAGGAAGCGCCGAUACGCUCUCGCUGUCCUGCUCAUUCUGGCCGCAGUUGGGAUAGCCGUUGGCGCCGUUGUGGGUGUACGAUCAAAGCAGCCAUCCUUGCAAGGCGGCGAAGCGGCGGCCGAUCCGGCUGAUUCCACCCCAGGCGCGCGUACACCAUCGCAAGGUACGCCAUCGCAAGGGACUUCAUCUCCUGGCCCCACCGUCUCCCCUGCCGCGGCGCCUGGCACGUUGUUUCGCGAACUCUAUCACCUGGCUACGGUAACAUCCAUCGAAACUUCCCAUUACGGAAAGCAGCUCUUGAGUGUGGAUACUACGGGCAUGGUCAGAGUUACGGACAUCGCCACUGGCGUCUCCGUCCGAAAUAUCACGCCUCAUGACCAUUCCAAUGUGUUUCUAGCUGCAUCUCCUGAUGGCAGCUUCUUCAGUGGCGCAGGGGGCCCUACGCGCAUUGGGAGCCCGCCACAGAUUCGACAUUGGGAUACGGCCAGCGGGCAGCUCAUACGAGAUUACACACCCAGCUUGAACUUGGCAGGUGAUGUGGGCAUCCUGGCCCUCACACUUUCGGCUUCCGGAUUUGAUGGAUUACAACUAUUCUCACUGUGGACCGAUGGGACCGUCAUGCGCACCGGAACCGUCUCGGGGGCUCGCCAGAUUUACCCUGCCGCCGACGGAACGACGAUGUACAGUUUCGACGCUUCCACCGGCGUUUCGCAGUGGAAUCUGACCUCCAGCACCAAGAUCAGGGAAUACCCGUACAGCCGAAAUACACGCAUUGCGCUUACGCCCGACGACAAGAAGCUCUUCCGCACUGAGUCUGGUGAUAACAACAGCACGAUUGUCCAGAUAGACACAGCCACGGGCGCCUCCGACUGGCGUUUAGCACGUCCGUCCAUCGACAGAAUCAUGGUUUCCCCCGAUGGGAAGCAACUCUUCACCUCGGAGGAUUCCGUUGUUCACCAUGUCGCGCAGUUUGCUGUCUAG